UCGCUGUCAUCGUCAGUGUUUGUGGAGGGGCUGGAGGGGCAGGGCUUUGCCAGGCUGGAGGAGGCUUGCCUUUCCGAAGCUGGAGAGGAUUUCCCGGGGGUUCGCCUUCCCCUGCCUGGGAAGAAUUUCCCCUCUGGUAGCAGCCGCCGCAGCAGCGCGACCUCGUCUUCUGGAGACCAGGGCAGAAUGCCUGUGCUCGAGCGCUAUUUCCACUCGGCAGAGCUGGGCAGAAGGUGGACGGCCCCAGAAGGUGUGCUGCCCUCCUCCCUGGGCAGCCGGCCGGUGUGCCAGCAGGGGCCGCUGCCCUGGGACUUGCCAGAGAUGAUCAGGAUGGUAAAGCUGGUUUGGAAAUCCAAAAGUGAGCUGCAGGCGACCAAACAGAGAGGCAUUCUGGAGAAUGAAGAUGCUCUCCACAGCUUUCCAGGAGAUGUACGACUGAGGGGUCAGACGGGGGUUCCUGCUGAACGCCGCGGCUCCUACCCAUUCAUCGACUUCCGCCUCCUUAACAAUACAACAUACUCAGGGGAAAUUGGCACCAAGAAAAAGGUGAAAAGACUGUUAAGCUUUCAAAGAUACUUCCAUGCAUCGAGGCUGCUUCGUGGAAUUAUACCACAAGCCCCGCUCCACCUGCUGGAUGAAGACUACCUUGGACAAGCAAGGCAUAUGCUCUCCAAAGUGGGAAUGUGGGAUUUUGACAUUUUCUUGUUUGAUCGCUUGACAAAUGGAAACAGCCUGGUAACACUGCUGUGCCACCUCUUCAACACCCAUGGACUCAUUCACCAUUUCAAGCUAGAUAUGGUGACCUUACACAGGUUUUUAGUCAUGGUUCAAGAAGAUUACCACAGCCAAAACCCAUAUCACAAUGCUGUUCAUGCGGCCGACGUCACCCAGGCCAUGCACUGCUACCUAAAGGAGCCAAAGCUCGCCAGCUCCCUCACACCUCUGGACAUCAUGCUUGGACUGCUGGCUGCCGCAGCCCACGAUGUUGACCACCCAGGGGUAAACCAGCCGUUUUUGAUCAAAACAAACCACCACCUCGCCAACCUAUAUCAGAAUAUGUCUGUGCUGGAGAAUCACCACUGGCGAUCUACGAUCGGCAUGCUUCGAGAAUCAAGACUUCUGGCUCACUUGCCAAAGGAAAUGACACAGGAUAUUGAACAGCAGCUGGGCUCCUUGAUCUUGGCAACAGACAUCAACAGACAGAAUGAAUUUUUGACCAGAUUGAAAGCUCACCUCCACAAUAAAGACUUAAGACUGGAGGAUGUACACGACAGGCACUUUAUGCUUCAGAUUGCCUUGAAGUGUGCUGACAUUUGCAAUCCUUGUAGAAUCUGGGAAAUGAGCAAGCAAUGGAGUGAAAGGGUCUGUGAAGAAUUCUACAGGCAAGGUGACCUUGAACAGAAAUUUGAACUGGAAAUCAGUCCUCUUUGCAAUCAACAGAAAGAUUCAAUCCCUAGUAUACAAAUUGGUUUCAUGACCUACAUCGUGGAGCCCCUCUUCCGUGAAUGGGCCCGUUUCACAGGACACAGCGCCCUGUCUGAGAGCAUGCUAAGCCACCUGGCGCACAACAAAGCCCAGUGGAAGAGGCUGUUGCCCAACCAGCACAGAAGCAGCAGCAGUGGCGGUGGCAGCGGCGGCCCAGACCACGCCGGCCCAGGGACGGCCCAGGCUGAGGAGCAGACCGUGACCGAAGGCAACGCCCCGUAG